UGUCGUGCGAUGGAGGUUAUUCCUUGGAUCUUCGUGGGAGUGCAUGACUUUUAAAAAACAGGCUGGGUGACAUUCCCUGUUUGUAGUCAUAGCAGAAAUCAUCUGUCCCAGACAGCCAGAAUAGAGCCGCCUGCAACGCCCAUACAGGUGUUGUUUAUCCAGGAUUUUACUUAACGACACUAUUGAUCGCUGCCAUCAUCAACGAAGCUCUCUUGCCAACAGGAGGCCACUUUCCUGAGAGGGUGUGGUGUCAUGACGGUAAGUGUCCUGACAGUCUUGUCUGGCCCUGUCUGGUUAGUCAGUAUGUUUGGAACUUGUGUGUGCUUGAUGAUUAAGUAUUCAUUAACAUUUUUGCCCUUUCCCACACUGCUUUCACUGUCCAACUAGGUUUUCACUUCCUUGAUACUUUCUCGUAAUUAACCUUCCUUUUUCAAUGGUACAAAACCAAACCCCUAACAAACUGUCUGCAGCCUCUGCCUCUUUACUGCAGGUAAAAAGUCUUCACUGAGACAAUAUUUGAACAGUGCUUGUAUCAGACACAUGUGCGACUGAGUUGUCCGUAUUAAACCCCACAUCCUGCCUCUUUGUUUGCUCGACGUAAGAGUAAUCAGACAAGCUGGUGAUUGCAAUUUCAUAAAAAUGGACACAGAAACAGAAGAGACACUUUAAACAGUGAGACCCUGUAUCAUUAAAUAUUCAGAUUUACAGGUUCCACUUUUACAUAAAAAAUAAAGUGUGUAGCUGUACAAACAAGUAAGUACUUGUCUUCUUUAAAGAAGAUUUCUUCUUGUUAUAGCAAGAAUAAACCAUCACAUUUAAAAGUAAAACCAGCACCAGUCUUUUGUGAAGAGUUAAUUCUGGAUGGGCCUUGAAGCUGGGUGACGUAACUCUUGUGUAACUCAGUAGCAUGAUUGGCUGUCUAUCUGUCUGACGAGCUACCUGCUAACAUGCCAUUCAGCUGAGAUCAUGAUCAUGUUUAUCUGUCAGAGGCUCUAAUUUAUCAGCCUCAAAAGUUGCAGACAAGCUAGCCUAACAAGUCUGUCUUAUCAAAGUUGUCAGAGCAGCCUGGAUAGUGUGGUAGAACUCAGCUCUACAAAUAAUGGACUCUUAGCUCAGAGAACUAAUAACUCAUUGGAUUACCAGGCCUUAAGUACCACUUUUUCACAAAAACACAGUUAGACUCAACUUUACCGAUUUUGGUACAGUUAUGCAACAUUUCUACAUUUGAGGGUAAUAAUCUCACUGAAUUUGGCUACAAAUAGACACAGACAACAUAGAGGAUAGGAUAUGAAUUCUUGAUUUGUGUUUUUAACUUCUUUGAUUUAGUGUCCUACAGCACAUAAGACCACACAAAAGUUAAAACUGUUCCAAUGUAUGAAAAUACUGCAUGUUCAAAGACCAUAUAUCCGCCGCUCUACUCCACACUCUACAAAUCAGCCUACAGUAAAAAAUAUGUCAAAGAGGAUGGUUGGGUUUUGUUUCAAGGUAGCUUAAUGAGGUAACUGUCAAUAUUAAGAGUAUUACCCAUAGAAAGUCAAGGUCAGUUCAGCCCCUCUGUUAGAAAAACCGUGCAGAGUUGAAAUGAGGCUAAGCCAUCAACAACUGCAGGUGAGGUCAACUCCACCUCAUCAUUUAGCUCAUUUUAAGAAACUCAGAAACCAGCAUAGUUCAGAAUUAAUGGGGCCAACCCAUGUAUAAGCUACCUAUGCUAUGGGCACUCAAGCAUUCCCAUACCAUCAGGUAUGCUGUCAUGUGACCUAUGUACCAAUCACAAGCUGGUUGGUCCCUCUCUUUUUAAAAGCAGAGGACAUGGUGUUCAUGAUUUAAGGUGAUCAGCCCAAUGAGACCAAUAAAGUUAUGAUUACAGAGUGUGACCCCUUUUCCUGCAGUCUUCAUCCAGUGUUUAUUAUUAUUAUUAUUAUUAUUAUUAUUAUUAUUAUUAUUAUUAUUAUUAUUAUUAUUAUUAUUAUUAUUAUCAUGAGAAUCAUUACCUGACAUGUGUGUUCCUACCCAAACAUAUGACAGAACACACGGGUAAAUGUCUACCUUUGAAUAGGCUUGUUUAUACAUUAUAUGUAUUUGUACCUGAUAUGUACCUGAUUUUCUUUAUUUAUUCAUAGUUUCUUUAUCAUUGCUCUUAUUAUUUUAAGUGUAUCCCAUGUAUUUAUCUCCAAUGAAGUUACUCAUUUCUCUAUUUGUUUAUUUGUCUAUGUAUGAUGGGAAUAAGAUGGAUGAGAGACUAAGUAAGAGGAGGCGGAGACAUCUAUUGUGAAAGGGAAUGGGGGGGGGUUGCCUUUAGUUCUUCCUUAAACCUUAACCUAUUAAUGCCAUAAAAAUGAAUAUGUUUACAUGUUUGCAGAAUUUGUGCAUUUAUUGCAAGAGAGCCAAAUAUGUAAAAUGCCAGAUGCAAAAUGCUAAUAAAAAUGUGUUCAAAAAGAGAUGGAUCUAUCAAAGUUUUCCAGUUUGCGUGAUCCAUCUUGGAUGGAUGUAAAGAUGGUGGUGUUUCUGUAGCUUUUUUUAUGGUUUCCUUAUUAGACUGUACUAUUUUUUUUUGUUUGUUUGUUUGUUUUUCUGCUUUUGUGAAUGUAGUGAAAAUUUCGAGCCCAUGUAAUGCUUUCCACUGCCACUGUCUGACAACUCAAAAAUCCCAGCCAUCAAGCAUUAGUUCUUGGCCUUGUCCUUGAAUAAAGACUGAAUCUAAUAAAAUAUACAAUAAAAUAUUAUUUUUAAUUUUACAUACGUAACUGAAGAUGAAGGAAACCUCAAAUUCUUUGCAGUCUUACCUUGAGGAACAUCAUUGUGGAGUUAAUGAACUAUUUGCUCAAGAAGUCUGUCACAGAAUGGGGAUCUUCUUCCCAUCUUUACUCCUGACAGACUCUCUGAAUGCCUUGUUUAUACCCGGUCUCAUUACUGACCUGUUGAAGUGAAACCUCAUUGGUUGGAAGAUGUUUCUCCAGGUGUUCUUUGAUUGAACACUUUAUCUGGCGUUUUUGUUCCCCUGUCACAACUUCUUUGCUGGCAUCAAAUUGAAAAGAAAAAAAAGUCAUUUUUUACAUUUAAAUGUUAAGUGUAAAUACAUGCUCCGUGAUCUUAAUUCUAUUUUAAGUGAUAUACAGAGUUUAAGGUUUCAAGUUACGUUUUUUUUAUUUUUUUAUUAACAUCUAACACAGGGUUCCAACUUCUUUGGGACUGGGAAUUAUAGUGUGGGCUUAUCUGAAGGAAUACAGAAGUAUUGUGAAAGAAAUAUGAAACCUUUGGCCCACUCUGCAAUAUUUUCUAAAACCAGUCAAGACUGUAAUUAAGCAAGAGGUUACUUCGCAUAAAUGUUACUUAAGUUCAGAUUGUGCCAGUGUACACAGAUUUAACCUUAAUCAUAGUACAUUUAAAGGUAACCUCUCAUUAAGGUGUUGUUUAAAUACACACUCACUCUCACACACAGGUCCUGUCACUGUGUCUCCCUGAACAUUCCCUCCACAGCUUGUGUUUCUGUGUGUUUGAAAGCGGCUCAGUAAUCCAGGAUCAGAGAGUACAAAGGGCCCCAGAGUGCUGGUGAUGUAAGCACAGUGUCCAGCGCUUACCCCACUGCUCUACCCUCGUCCACACACUGGUGGAGAGGGGGUGAGCAGGUGGGACAGAGAGGGCCAUCCCUGUCGAGGCUGACCCUGAGGAUUGGCACACACACACAAACAAACACACAGGCGGUGAUAGUGGCAGGUAAUGGCAGUCUGUCUGCUCUGUCUCAGGGGCCGGCUGCUGAUGACCCGGGACACAGUGGGAAGGAGAGAAGCUGGCCAGUGUGAGGUAGAGGAAUGUAGCUAAGCUGUGGGGAGUGGUGGAUCAGCUCAGUGUGACCAGGCAAACAGACAGACGGACUUUUGCUGGCUUAUUACUUCACUUGGCGUGUGUGCCCUAUUCGCUGACGGCCACGUAGUCUCAGGUGAGUGUCUGUGGGUAAACAUUUACCUAGUGAACGCCUCUGGCAGCGUGUGAUCUCAAAUGGGUGGCAAACUGUUUGCUGUGAAAGUUUUUAAUUUAUAUUUCUGUGUGUGCGUUCUGGAUAAAGCAGAGUAAGUCGUGUACUCUCUACCUGCUGCAGUGAGUGAUUUGACUGUAUGGAAAUAACAUCAGCUGGCUAUGUGAGUAAACAUCCAGGUGUGGGCUCUCUCAGGUGUCCAUGGACUUGCAGCAGGAUUCCAGUCACACUAUGUGGGGACUAAAUGCUCGUUUAAGAGGCUUUCUGGAGCAGGUGAACCGGCUACAGGAGACCAACAGGAGGCUGGAGGCACAGAUAGCGGACUGGGGCGUCAGGAAUGACUCACGCUCCCGGGAUUGGUCCCUGCAGGAGCAGACAGUGAAGGAGCUCCGUACAGAGGUCAGACUCAACUUCAAUUAUUUAAACUAUUAGAUGAUCUUUUAAAAUCACUCAGACUUUUGCAAAGUGUCAAAUGAUAGCAGAUGUGCUGCAGUGUAAUAUCCUCUCAGGCUGUAUGAUUCUGCUGCAUGGCUUCAGCUCAAGGCCAUAUUGGCCGGAUGACAACAGGAGUAGGUGUGAUAAAUCAAACAGCAAACUAAACAGAGAGACGAGUGAUUAUGUUGAUGACAACUGUGUUCAACAUCAUGUGAUUGUGAGGAGCCCGAGUGUUCACAUGAACAUCAAGCUGGUAGAUAAAGGAACCCCCCUGUGUAUGAACAAAGUUUCAUUGAUUAAAAACAACAACAUCCCUUUUCUCACACAGUCUCUUUGUUGAAUGUUGAUACAGACAGAUGAUGUUGGCUAAAUACGGGUUUGAGACUAUGAAAGCUUGAAAUUGCACUUUACGUUAUCGUUUUUUCGUUUUUGCUACAGCUCAUUUUGACAAUCUGCAACAUUUUCUGAUUGAUUUAUGGCUCUUUUUUUUACAAUUCAUCAAAAGCACAACUGCAUGGCUGAGUUUAUUAACUGUUCUUACUUCAUUAAAUGUGUUUUUAAACAAAAGCUGAUUAUACCUUUCCAUGCAAAUAUUCACACCAUUUUUCAGAAAUCUCUACUUUAAAAUGUGCAGAACAAAACUAGGUGAGAUUUAAGAAAUUCCUCUUUGUCAGAAAGUUACUCACAGUCGCUUUAAACAUUAUGUUUCUCUCCAAAUACUAAUACUGAUUCAUACUUAAUAAAAGCUUUUUAAGCUCCUGUGAGUAACUUUUAGUUUUGUUGAUUUUGGCGCCCCCUGUGGGCACACAAAUAUGUCUUGUAUCUUUGCUCAUCAUGUUCUAGGGGAGUAUACCACAGAGGAGAUUUUGAGGAUAAGCUGGGUCUGCCGAGGUUUUUUCCUAAGUCGGAAAACCAAGAUGGAAGCCUACUGUUAGCCGUUGGUAGCUGUUGUUUACAAUUGUCAGCUGUCGUUGGCCAUUGUCAGCUGUUGUUAGCCGUUGUCAGCUGUUGUUAGUUGUCGUUAGCUAUACCAAUUGUAAACAACGCAUAACAAAGUAUUUUACUCUUACAAACACCAUAGCACCGUGUUCACAUUUAGACGUUGGGCAGUACAACAUAUACCACUUAUUUAAUUUCACAAAAAUAAAACAGAAGUGCAAAUAAAUAAUACACUAUGAGAGCUUUCACUGUUACUCUUUACUGAUGACGCACUGCGCUGCCAUCUUGAAUUAUGACGUCGUCAAGUUGGGGUUGGUGAGGAUCAUCCGACUUUACGAUUUGGAAAUCUGUCUUCAGGGGGGCAAUCCAGAUGAAUUUCUGACUCAGAGCUCGGAAAUUCUGACUUCAGAGUACAACUGGAACGCAGUAUAAGAUCAGCGUGUCAUGAAGCUGGCUCUUUUUUAACCUGGUUAUCUCCAUGGUAACUUCGUCCAUGAGAAGAUGCUUUAAAUUGGUUGUGAAGUGCCGAAGUUUCAAUUAUCAAUGGCUGUUCUCUGCUGGCUGCAAAGCUCCUCAGCUGAUAGCAUUUGGGAAUUUUUGGGAGUAAUGUCACGUUUUCUAAAACCAAAGAUUUAGUCACACAAUUAGAGCACUAGACACUGUGUGCAUUUUGAAUCUCCUCACAGGAACCUACGUGUUUUCUCACAUUACCAUGUCGCCUGGAGUGAAAGUAUCAAACUUUGCUGUUUUAUUUAAGAUGAUUAGGCCAGUGUACUUUCUUUUUUACCUUGUAUCCCUGAACAAAACUUGCUGAACUUUGAAGCUUAAGGCUAUUCUGAAUUAUUUAGUGUUUGUUUGAUGGUUUGGCUUUUUUUUGAACUGGGAAGUUAACUCAAGUUAAGUCCAGAACAAUCAAUAUCACUGCAUAUUUACUUCAUAUUUUCCUAUAACAAAAUUUUCAUGUGCCUUUCAUAUAUUAUUUACCCAGCUAAAGAUUUUGAACCCUGAAUCCUGAGUCUUGAUUCUGUGUUUUUACUAAACACAUUCUUGACAACACACUGUGCGGCAUGUCUUACUGGAGGAUACCUUUAGAGGGCGCACCAGGGAGCUCAAGCUGUAUGCAAAUAACAGAUUUGAGAGCUAUAAACAAGACAAAGCAGAACUUGCAAAGGUUACCAGUUAACAGUCCUGAACUUGUUCCCAUUUAGUUCGGGGUUUUCCCAGGUCAACUUUGAAAACUGAACUUAUCUUUUGCAGCUAUUUUGACAGGCAUGUUUGUUGUUGCUGUGCAGUGGUGAUGACACAUCGCACAAAUGUGGGUAAUUGUAGACCUGGUCUGCUAGGUGGUGUUUAAAAGUUUCUGCCGUGACUUUUUUGGCUGCUGUGUUGAUCCUGUCACACCUCCUUUGCCUCUGUAUUACCGGUACUAUUCAAGUAUAUACUGCAUCUUACGCUUUCAUUGCAUUAUUACUAUUUUCAUGUUAGUUUUUAAGACUUUUGCUGUCUUUAUUAGAGAGGCCAAACUGUGGAUAGAGAAGCGAGAGCAGGAAUUGACAUGCAGUAAAGGAGCCAUAGGCCAGAGUUGCUUGCCUGUGUAAGGCAUAAUCUCUGUGUAUAAGGUGCAAGCAUUGGCCAGCAGCACCCUGUGUUGUGUAAUAUUUUUUUCCAGUGAUAUUUUGCACAUUUUUGCCUUUUUUUAAGAUAGGAGAGCUGAAGAAAGACAGGAACAUUUGGGGAGCAGACAGCGGGGGAGGCCAUGCAACAUAGGGUUGCAGACAUUGUUCCCCUUGGUUCUUAAGUUUUAAAAGUCCAAGAGGUGAAUGGUAACUCCAGACAAAAACAGCGUGUUGCAGAGGAUUAGAGGCAAAUAUGUGUCAUUAAGCCUGGAGCAGAGCCAGAGAGACGCGACUGGGUCAGCUGUCACACUCACACAGAAUGCGGAAAUCUUUCUGACUUUGAAGGCCACUCUCCUCUGUAGACCAUUAACUCCAACCGGUGAUCUCUCACAUGACUCGACUUGAUGAUUUUUCAGCAGCCUCUCUUUCUUCAUGAGGAGCUGCUCUUAUUGACUUGAUGUUUCUCAUUGUUUACCAAAUUGCCCAGCUUGUCUCCAGAGUUUGGUUAAUGUUCCCAUGACUAUGACAGACACAAGAGCGGCUUCUGCUCGCGUCUUUGUGAGCUGAUCCAGGAAGAGCAUUCAUAACAUAAAGGAUUACUUUUCCAUCCAUCUUAAGCACACCUUUUUAGUUAGCCCAGGUGAUAUGAUGAGUAAGACAUUAAGCAGGAGAUCUUUUCAGAGAGAUGAUUGACUCACCUCCGAGAGGCUCAAUAUGGGCAGGUGUACUGAAACAUUCACACAAAGAGGGUAUUAAAAUGUUUAAGGUUUAGAUGUUAUGGAAUAUUCCCUGUGUUCUUUGUCUUUCUGUCAACAUAGGUGUGUCAUAUUCUGAAAACAAAUGGGAAAAUAGGGUGUGUUAACUUCUUUAUGUGUGUGAGAAAAGACAAGGAAAACUUUCUGGUACUUGGAUUUUUCUGUUUGGACUUAUGAACACUUCUGUUUAUGUAACCACGUUUAGAGUCCAAUGAAACAUAAAAGAGUGUAUUUACAAGCCCAUUCUUACACAAAUAGUUUCCUUUCAUUUCCUUAUACUGGCAUCCAUGUCAGAGCCUAUGGGAAGACAUAUAACCCAUUAUAACACGAUAAAAGCAUAUUCAGAGGUAAAUACCAUAGACUGUAUAUAGAAUGGAUGCUGUCUGCCUCCUCGCUGGGUUAAGCCAUCGUGAGAAAAGCACCCUCUGGUGACGGGCUGCAGUAUAGGUCAAAAAUCCAGCCUCCUCCAGCAAUCCCUAUGGAGCUGUGGACAAACUUUAGAAAUGUAUGUUUUCUAUUAUUGACACUUGAUACAGCCCGAAUGGGCGCACGAAGAUUAUGUAGCUCACCCUGUACGCUGUUUGAGCCGAGCGUCAUCACAGCGGCUCUCAACAACUCUCCCACCGAAUGCGUACAGUGCUACUGCGCAACUGGUGGUUCCAGGGAGUAGAGAAAAUCCCAGAAAUACAGAGAGCAAUUUGGCUUCAAACUCAUAUAAUGACGAAAGGCAGAACCAAGUUGUCCAUAAUAUAUACAGUUCACAAUAAAAACAUGGAGGAUCUGUUCUCUGAUGAUCUUACUCCAGAUUUAUGUACCAAUCAGUAAUAGCAGAGAAAGAAAAUUUGGGGUAAUGUUCUGUGAAUUUAUAAAAAGAGUGAGAAGCAAAAACUAUUUGUGUUUUGUAAAAAUGUAGGUCAAUUAUAUUACUUUCUAAGAAAACACCAAGAAGCAAAAAAACAUCAAGCAGUCAAUGACUGCUCAGAGUUCAGAAAUAUUAUAUCCGAUUGUUAAACUGUUACAGUUGCCCCUGAUCUUGUAGGCAUGAUAAAAUUUCAUACACCACAUACGAUGUUCGAGCUGGUAACUAUUUGGUCAUGUUUGUUUUUAUUCAGGCUUGAGAUAAAAUUCAUCAAAGUUUUAAUUCAGUCCAAAUACUGCUUAGCCAAAAACAAAUCUCUUUUACCUGGAAGCACCUUUUGUUUUAAGCUCCUCCUGCGACAAAGUGAUUCUAUCUUUUAAAGCAGGUAGAGGAAGAACCUAACCAAGCAUGUGCAGAGUUAUAACUGCAACCAGUCUAGCAAUAGUGAUUUCAUCAGCCUACAUAUGAUUGGACCUUUAAUUAAAAUUAAUACUUUUUAUGAACUGUAAAGUCUUUAUUGUUUUAAAUCACACAUAGGAAUAAAAAUGAACCUUUAUGUUUAAAGUCCAAACUUCAGCAUGUUUCCACUCGCAUUGUUAACAGAUGCAGAGAAUAACAACAGCACCAGUACAAGUUGGCUUCCACCUAACUUUUCUUACACUGCUACACUAAUCCUCUACCUGUCAGAACCCAUACCAUCCAGUGGUUCAUGAUUUCCUGUGUUUUCUUCAGUUGGACUGAUGUCUAUUUUGCUCUGCUCCUUGUACCAACAGUUUCUGGGUAAUUUUCAUCCUCUCCUCUUCUCUGCUUUUGAUUAUCCUGCCUUUAACCACCAAUCCAACACUUUUUGCUCUCUAAAUAAAUUAAGUGUAAUAUUUCAAAUAUCCUCCAUGUUGUCUACCGAUGCCAUGGCAAGUAAACAACAGGAAGGGGUAAAAUAAUAAACUUUAAAAACAUGCCAGACUACUUUUGUUGUUUGUUGUGUAAAUCUUGCUCUCCAGAAUUAGAACUGUUAAAAGGUUUGACCAAUCAGAAUCAAGAAUUGGACACAGCAGGGUCAUGGGGUACAUUAAUGUAAUAAGUUGAUUUAAGCAUCUCAUGGUUAGUAGUGCCUCCAUGGCAAAGGUUUAAGAAUCGUAAGUCUUGAUAUUGUUGUGAUUAUCACUACUGUGGAAAGUCAGUGGUGAAAAACUGUGCUUUGAGUAAGGGGUCUUGUCUCCAGGUGCAUGUCCAAACUUUUUUGAUUGGGCACCAGUAUAAGCAGGAGUAACCAUUUGGUUACAUGCGCAAAUAAACAAAAUAAUAUGAUUCAGCCUCUCUUCCUUUAUUUUCUACAAUGUCAGUCAUUUAAGUAUCAUAUAGCUAGUAUUUUCCGAUGUUUAAGAUUUUGACCUUAAGAAGUCAAUAGUGCACAAUAGUGCUGUUGUAAAUACUUUUUAUAAGCAUUUUUCUGUAAUUCUCCAAGGUACUUUGUUAUUUUACAAAGUGCAUUACCUACAUUAACCAAUGUAUGACAAGUAGUGUAAAAAGCCCACUGUGUCCUAUGAAAGCACUCAGGGUUUGAAAACAACAUCAGCAUAGUCUUCUCUCAAUUUUCACCACCUGACAUUUUGAUACAAUUACAGCAGCAGCAGAGUUCCUGUUUCUCUUUUUCUCUUUUCUCGCUUACAGUUUGAUUGUAUCCCAUGACUGUAUUUUGGUUGUUUUUCAGGUUGGUAGACUACUGAUGGAGAAUGCCCAGUUGGCAUUACAGUCUGACACCAUGAAGUCCAGAGCUGCUGCCAUCCAGGCAAGGUCAGCUUUAUUUGGUCUGCUUUUCCUGAAAGCUCUAGCACUCCUCUGUUGAACAGUUAGGCUGAAGGUCACAUCUGUUAACCUGCCACUCUCAUCAAUGAUAAACGUUUUCACAAGAUUCCUUCAACAAAAUUAUAUAUCAAUAGUUAAACUGCUGUUAUUGCUGAUUCCACACUUAUCCCUUCACAGGUAGCCACUGUUUGUAGGCCCCUCACUACUAAACAUGCCCACAGCUUUUUACCACUUGACUCUCCUUUAAUGGCUCUGAUUGGUUCAUUCAACCACCAGCAGCACCGUACCAGCCUACACCUUUGCAUGAUGGAUGACAGACAUGAAUUUUAGCCAAUCCAUCAUCUACAGUGCUCACUAUGAUGUAUAGCUAUGUGGCGGCCUCUUGUUGGUCAUCUUCUAAUCUACUAGGGGAAGCUGCAGGCACGGUAUUUGUCAACAAACCUGCCAAUCAAUAUAGGUGGGACAUUAAAUUGCAAACUGGAAAUAGUUUACCUAAAAAAAUUGUAUCUUGAUAUAUCUUGAUUGUCCUAUUCUCCAGUCAGUCACUAGGGGAGCUCUAAAAGUUUGGCAGACUGCUUUGACAAAAUGUCUCAAAACUGAGUGUUUCUUUUUUCUUAUUUCUGGUCUUUUUAGACUUCAUAUCAGCCACAUCUUUCUAAAAAAUUCAAUAUAAAGUGUAAUAUAAGGAUAUUACGAGCUAAAAAUAAGACCCGAUUUGCUCACAAUGAGUGAAAGAGUUAGACACUGGGAUUAGAAAAGUUCCCUUAACAUCUUGAAAUAUGAAAAAUGUCUCAUUUUUAAAAAUUAUCUUGAAAUAGGACAUUCAUCUAGACUUUUUAAUGCGAAUUUUGCUUUCAUUAAGUCAUUUUCUAACUAAAAGUAAGACAAAACACUACUGAAGUUUGUUUGCAGUGUAACAACUAUAUAUAAUCAAUCUUAGUAUUAAUGAUUUUUUGUCCAUUUGUAGGUCAUACACAGUAGCGGUAUCUGUUUAAAUUUCAGUCUCUUUCAUAACAGCCAAAACCUCCUCAAAGGGGCCUUAAUAUCUGCCGAACACUUCAUGUCGUAGUCCUGCUUUGAUGCUUUUCCACUUCUCUGUUUUCUAACUCAGGCCAGCUCCCUCGCUCCUAUGAGCCAACCUGCAUACAAAUCCAGGCCAGGCUUUGUGCCGCAUCGGCACUUUCACUUAUGUAUUGAUGCAGAGUCACACCACACACAUACACAGACACACAUACACGUACACAGACACCACCCGUCCACUGUCAGCCAUUAACCCCUGAAGGACAGUGUCAGCAUGCAGCAGCUUGAAAUAAAUACACCUGUUCUAUUUUUAGCUCCACCUGGUGUGUCUCCUGACUGGCUGCUUGUCUCUGUGAGACUCUGGACUUGGUUUAUGACACACUAUGAAGUUGUCAAGGACUUUUUCAGCCUUUCGACUCAAAGUUAUGAUUUCUUUAACUCAUUCCUUUACUGUCAUGCAUCACUGCUCCACUUAAACCAGCAUAAAACCCCACAAUACACAUUGUCUACACUUUGAUUUUAUCUUCUUUUAAUCCAGCUGAACUGGAUGUUGGUUAAGGCUGAAGAUCAUAUCAAUGCUUUUGAAAAACAAAAACGUGACUUUUCACUCGCCAUUUCCCUUCCUCUGAGUGUGUUCAACUGAUGCAUUAUUAAUAAAUAACAAAGGUAAGUGGCCAUGAAUGAAUAACCUUUGCUGUUGGUGUUACAUCACAGGUGUGAGAUGGAAGAAAAGAACACCUUGCAUCUGGAGCAGCAGGUGGUGUUACUAAGAGAAUCAAAGAGGAAGGCAGAAGAGAGCAGUGAGGUGCUACAGACAGACCUUCACAACUCCAUGGCAGAGCUACAGGAGAUGCACCAGGAGUUUGAGGUCACUAAAUGAACUGCAUGUGUCUGUUGUGAUUCAUGUUUCAUGUGACUUUAUCUUUCUAUCUGCCUGUAUCUUUUCAGCUCUUUUCAAGUACACAUGCUGUCAUCAGCUUAAGAGAAAAAGACCUCACAGCACGCAUAAUGUACCCCAAUAAUGUUAGCCAUCCACCACUCUUUGCACUCAACCCCUAACUCUGCAUAACAUUAGGCCUCACUGUUACCAAAGUGAAGUCAAUGUAGAUAUAAAUGAUCAAGAAUAUGAAUUAAGAAUGUAAUGACCAUCAUUUAUUAAGCCAUAAACAUUUUUAGGUUUGCCCUGUGGCAUCUGAAUAUGAGCCUUUUCUGGAAAUGACCAAACAUUAGCCAUGUUUACAUGGGCAAAAUUUCUUCAUCCGAUUAAACAUUUAAGGGAUCGGAUAGUCUGAAUCCACUGUUUAUAUGGGUGCAAAGUCAAUUAAUCAUGAUGAUGAUAAUCAUGAUCAUGAUGUGCGUAUACGUGCAUAAACCACCCCUUUCGAUCGGAAUACAAUUUCUUUCCAACUGAGUCGAACUAGAUCAGAAUCUUCCGUUGACAUGUUUACAUGACGCAUUUUUAUUCCGAUAGGGCAUUUAUUCCGAUUAUUUGUGCCCACGUAAACGUAGCUACUGUAGAUGUAGAAUCUGUACAGUCAGUCACCCACUUGAUUAUCAUUUGCCAACUUAAAUCAAGAAGUUGUGAUUACAACUGCUUCCCUCUUGUCUUUCUGAAACUAAAAGUUAUCCCAUCUGUAGAGUAUGGCACUAGUGAGUUUUUAAGCUUGCAGCUCUGUGUUCACUACAGAAUAAGAUUUUUAGUUGGGAGCUUACCAAAGAUGUUACAUAUUUCUAGAGGAAAACUAGUGAUCCAACCAGUGGCUGAAAUAAAAAAUAUGGUGCCUUAAAAUCACCACUUCACCACUACAGUUUUGCUGUAAACUCCGCUUGGAAAAACCAGCAACAAACAAAGUUUGUACAUUUUAGGGAUGCUCCAGGUGCUAAUAGAGCAGGUAUGAUGAGUGCAGCCUGUCCUUUCUUUCAAUUAUAUGUAAUUCAUUUAUAAUUACAAUGUCACUCAUCUAAGAAACCAGAUCACAGACUUAGACCGUCUGUUAGUUCAAGAAACCACACAGCAAUCAACAUUAUCUGUUAACCUGGAUUAGAUAUUUUCCCAAAAGCACCAAGAAAUGUAACACUGCUGAGCUGUCAAUUUUAGCAACAGUUAGUAGAUAACUAGCUUGGUAAAAUUUCGUAAAAGAGUUAACUUUUGUUUCUCUGGUAGCAGACAUUUUUAAAAUUGACAGAACGGUUCAGAACCUUGACUUGUGAAUCUGCAGAGGUUAAAUUUAAUCAAACUGACUUGGACCCAUUUUCUUAAAGUUGUAUUUACAGGAGGAAGACAUGCAACAAAGGGUUGGCCAGGGAUUGGGCUGUAGACUAUUACAAUGUGUACCACUGGGCCCCUUGAAUCCAGUUUUUAACUGCCGUUUAAGAAACUAAUGUUUUCUCAGAUCUUCACUCUUGUUAUUGUUAUAAAAAUUUGAUAAAAAGUCUGAAUGCUACUUGUCCUGUUCCUUUAAGCCCUGUUAUUAUAGCCUUGUUAUGUUUUUCGUGUGUGUGUGUGUGUGUGUGUGUGUGUGUGUGUGUGUGUGUGUGUGUGUGUGUGUGUGUGUGUGUGUGUGUGUGUGUGUGUGUGUGUGUGUGUGUGUUUGUGUGCUUGUUAGCACCAUAUAUGCUCUGUAGCAUCUAAUGAUGACCUAAUCUCUCACUCUUAACCACACCACCUCUCUGUCUCGGUGUCUUUCCUUUGUUCUCUCAUUCCUGCUGACUAAUACCUCCCCCAUUCAUGUCCAGUUUCUUCUCCUGUUUAUUGACACUCACACACACACACACUCACUCACACAAAGACACACACAGAAAUACAGUUACACAUACUCACAGGUGUAGGACUCAAACAGAUUCUUGUUUUCCUUUUUUUAUCUGCAUUGCGUGACCUCCUUCACAGCCUGAUCCCAAGCAUGCACAAACACACACACCCACACAUACCAACACAAAACACAAACUCAUGUGUCUCUCUCUCUUUUAUCUACAUUUCAUUUACUCACAAGUUUCAUCUCCCUGUUUUUCAUGUUUCUCUCUUGUUCUCCUCCCUCAUUACAUCUUCUCCUCUCAUCUCUCUCUCCCUCUCUCUCUCCCUCUCUCCCCCGCCUCCUCUGACUGUUUGCUGUUUGCAGGCAGCCCGGGCUUUACAGCUGCAGCGGGCCAGCUCCUGCGAUGCUCUGUUAGAGACGUCCACAGCAGCAGCAGCAGCAGCAGCAGCAGCAAAAGGAGGCAGAGGGAAGAAGGAGGAUGGCACAGCGAUGGAGCUCACCCAGCUCCUCGACAGAAUCAGAGCUCAGUGCGACCAGAGCAGAUUCCCAGGCCUGGGCGAGAGACACCACAGCCUGGGCUCCCUGUCAAAUCCAUCCCCCGGCUCUGUUGGGCCUAGUGGCUUUGGAGCAUCAGCAUCAGCAUCAACCCGAACACAUGGAGGAUCUCUCAGUGAGGUACGCAUCCACUCCUGCAGCUUUACCUCUGUGUCUCGCUCAUGUUACCCUGGCUCACUGCCAGCCAGCCAGACACACCCUCAUGACCAACUCCAGGCCGUCCCACAGAUCAGGCAGACUUCUGUUUGUUCUUCCUGGAGUAAAAACAAACAGCAGUGUUUGUUGACCAUACUGAAAGGCUUUGGACUCACCCUUCUUUGAGGUUUGUGUUUGUUUGGUGUGAUUGUCUCCUCGUUUCACCUUUUUACUGUCACACACAUGUACAGUUGGGUGUCAAAGCCUCUCAUCAGUUGUUAUUUGAGUGUAUAAAUGCUGCUGUUCAUUUAAAAUGCAUGAACUAAACUAAAACCUGAUUAUCUAUUGUGAAUUAACAGUGCGGUUUCAUAUUUUUUAUUAGGAAAUAGGAGCAUUUAGCCCAACUGCCCCCUGUUUUGUAAUUAUGGAGAAGAGCAGAGAGUGGGAGCCAUUUAUUGCCCUUUGUUCCUGUACCACAGCACCAUGACUUCAGUUUGACAGCGGCAGUAAAGCGCCUUCACUGAAGGCUGCAAACAUCUAGAGUACUAAAAUGAAGCUUGAUUUAUUGAAUGCUGUUGUGUACCUUUCGUUUGUUUGACAAAAGAAACAGAUACACAGUGCUGCAGUUGUUAGCCUUACACUGUGGUAAUAAUGUGCAUUUAUGGUCUUUUAGUUUGAAAUGGUGAAAUCCUCCAUACAGGAAGUGCUAUUCUUCAUAUGUUAGCAUGCAAACAGAUGUAAAUGACAGUGUUAUGGUUCAACCUGUGCUCCCUGGGAAGAGUUUCUCUUUCAGAUGUUGGCAAAGCCUGAAGGCAAAUAAAAGAGAAGAGUAAAUAAAGGCCUAAAAUCAACAUGAAAUCCAUCAUCAUUUUCAGUGACCCCUGUAAGCAUAGAGGUGCCCUGAAGAGGGUUAUGUAAACUCAAAUGUUCUGUUUACAUUUAGAUUGUGAUCUUUCAACAGGGUGAAUUGUAUUUUCUUCCUCAUUCCACUUCUUAAACACUAGGUUCAAAAAAGGUCAUGAAUCCACAUGGGCUGCAUAAAAAAUGCAGUUUGAAUGAGAAUAACAUUUUUGGACAGCCCACGAGCAGAAAAAUUUGAGUAAUGGAGACUGUUGACUAGGAAUGCUGAACAACAUCUUCAGCAAACAGGAUAUACUAUAGCAAGAGAAUCAGAUGUGUGUUCGUGAAGGAACAAAGUGAGUUUGAUCAGUUAAGCUAAGAUAUGAACAAGUGUUGACAAGCAUUAAUAAUUGUGAGCUCAAUGUUGAUCAAAAUGAUCACUUUGGCUGUAAUUGCCUUAAUCUUGCAUGGGAGUUUAAACCAGGAUAGUGACUUUUGAGACAAUAUUAGUGAAAAUCAAAUGUUCCUAAUUUGGACAUUUUAUGGGCUUCAGCUUUGAUCCAGUGGUGUGAGGCCAACAGUCUGCAGGUCAGGACUGAGCAGAAACAUGAAGAGACCAGAUGACGUCACUCUCUGUCUUCUCCCAUCUCUGUCUGUUUGAAUCAUAACUCCUACACUUCAUGAGAUGCUGUUGCUCCCUCUUCCUCCUUCUUCUCCUUUUCCAUCUUCUUCUUCAUAAAGGACUUGACAAAGAGUGAAUAUUUGUCUAUCUGUAAAUUGGUAAGCAGGGUAGUGGUUGUGACAGAGAGCAGAGCAGAGUCACACAGCAGGCAGGGAGAGGCCCUUUAACUGCUGACAAACACAUUAAACGCCUUUCUGUGCGCAUAUCAAUAAGUACUAUAAAGGGUAGCAACUGUGAAACAUUCAGAAAACAUCUUAUUUCUUUGUUUCUCAGCUUUGUCAUCAUGGAUGAUGCUUGUUCUCUACACACUCUCUUUAUGAAGCUUGACCACCAUGCCUCUACUUCUCUUGCUCUCUUUGACUUUGCUUUGCAUGAUAAAGUAGAACUGAAGCCUGUCCAUGGAGACAUUGCUGGAUGCCACUUCUUGUUUUGAAAAAGUCCUCAGGGAACCUUGAAAUCGCUUAGUCAGAGUUUUUGUGUUUCUAUUUUUGUUUAUGAAAAAUAAAUCACAAGCUAGCUAAGAGGGUGUGAAGGUGGAAUGACAAGUGAAUGAAUGAAAGGGUCUCUUUGGCACUUAAACUGUGAAAGGAGAAAAAGGGGUUCGAAGGGUGUCUUCACUGAGCAGUAGCAAAGUGCAAUCCCCUCUGUGGAACCCAGACACUGGUGGCGGAGGUGUUGGCUGACAAUGUGUGUGAGGCUGAUGAGAUGAUGAUGCUGAGCAAAACUGUGAACACUGGCGGGAAGGGGAGGGGCUGAGGGGAUUGCUGACGACCACAGAUACAUGCUGAUAAAACGUAAGAGGCUGUGAAGGUGGUUAUGGUGUGUUGGAGGGCUGCAUGAAACAAAAACAUGAACGAUCUGGAUGAACAGAGUAGGUCAUAUUAAAAAAAAAAAAAACAGCAGCGUUAUCAAAGGCUAACAACAAGGGAGAUUUAAAGUGCUUUUUGUAAGAUAUGACCAGGUGAUGAGAUUAGCUAAAGAAAACAAAUAGGGGACAUAAGCAAUGAAACAGCUGGUGGAGUAUGGUCUCACUUACUGAGCUGUCACUACUCUGGUUUUCACUUGAUUAGUCUGGUUUCAGAUAAGAAAUGCAAUAUGCAAGCCCUACUCUAAGAGAAAUAUACUUUACUUACUUAGGACAAUUCUGGAGGCUAUGUGACUCACUAGGAAGGUAUGAGCAUCAGGAUGACUUGAGAAAAAGAAGCAAUUCAGUGGAUGCAAUCCCUCACUGAGUGCUUGUCUAUUUCUGUUUUCUUGUGGUUAUUUCAAACAAGGAGGCCAAUUUGCACCUUUUUUCUUUCUACUUUGUAUAAGCUGCUUUGAUCAGGUGAUUUUAACACUUUUUAGAUUUAAUACAUUAGAUAUCAAUUACAAUAGCCUGAUUACAUAACAGUUCAACUAUUGUCAGACCUGAUGUGACAGGUCAAUAUAGAAAAUCUGUCAUAAAUAGAUGAAAAGUGAAAAAACAUUAUCAUCUACCAACUAAAUUAUAAUUGAAAGAACAAUAGCUGAAAUAUUUUUGAUACUUUUCAAAACAAUGACUUGGUCUUCAUGGUAUCCAGUGACUGUAGGCAGACUGUUCAUACAAUAGACUGUAUAUACUAUGGACAACUUGGUUCCGCCUUCCGCCAUUAUACGAAAUUGAGGCCGAAAAGCUCUUGGUAUUUCUGUGUUUUUUUCUCCACUUCCUGAAACCAACAUUGCGCAGUAGCGUUGUAUGCAUUCAGUGGGAGAGUCACUGAAAGUCGCUGUGAUGACACUGUCAAGUGUCAAUCAUAGAAAACAUGAACCCCCUGAUAACUUCUAAAAAUGGAGCUUUACAGAAAAAAGAGGACUUGAGCACAAACCACUCUUACAGUAAUUACAUGUCAACAUCACAAGCAGGGGGGAGAAAAAUUUAUAUUCUGUGUAAUAACUUUCUAAAGUUUGUCCACAGCUCCAUAGGGAUUGCUGGAGGAGGUGAGAUCUAUGACCUAUACUGCAGCCCGUCACAAGAGGGUGCUGUUGUUACGUUGAUUCACCCAGCGAGGAGGCAGAUGGCGUCCAUUCUAUAUACAGUCUAUGGUUCAUUCAGAAUGACUCCUCAUGCAGUAAGGUCAUGUGUUUUGUGAACUUGGCUGUCUUUUCAAUGGCUGCUUUUUUACUUCUGUUACUUUGUUGGAUUUGUUGUCAGAUGUUUGAGACAGUUUAUCCUUAUUCUUUUAUUCUAAUGUAACUAGUUAUUUGUAGUUUCAGAUUUUACAUACUUACAUUCAUGUUAUGAAUGAAUAAUGUGCUAAAUCUAAAACACUGCACAGCUAUCAGUCUAUAGAGAAGUUUAAAUCAGUGCAACUCUGAUUCUGACAGCAGUGAACUGUCUGACUGCUGCAUAGUGAUAUAACACUGAGUCAGGGGAUUUCCUGCAGAGGGGGAACUUUUGAUACUCCGAGAAAAUUUUAAAGCUUGUGAUUCUGCACUCUGACACAACCAAAGGCUUGACAGUAUACUUUCAACAUCACUUUAUCGUAUGAAUAACUUUUUUCUAAAUAUGUAUCACUUCUUUUCAUGAAAUAAACUUAAUCCAUUCAACAGAAAACGAGAGUCAUUGAAGUAAUAAAUUAAACAGAGAUUUACUUAGAUAACUUAAGCCCCUUGUUUGUUUUUUUAACCUCUUAAUUACUGUUACUGUAACUUAUAUAAGCUGUGACAGCUUUUCCGCUGAAACGCCUUUGAGGGGGAUGUGAGGAUGGAGGGAGUGAAUUAUCUGCCAGCUGUGCAGAGUCAACACAGCUGGUAUCUGUGUGCACACGCAGGCCCAGGUGUCUGCUGUGCUCUCUGUCUACCUUCUGAGUCAAACACACACUACCAACAGCACCACCUGUGGCUGCUUCACCUCAUUUUCUCUGACUGAGCCACAGAAAAAAACCUGCUGCCUGUCGUAGUCAUAUGAGCUUUUAUAAGGUCUGUUUUUUGUUAAUGUUGUAUAAAUCUUCUUUCUUAUAAAUCACAAACCAUCAGCUACCGCACAGUCAAACACCCGCACUUGAUCCAGGAAAAACAAUCUCUGCACUGUAUGAAAGGAAGCUAUGGAUUUGUGUUAAACUGCACAAAAAGAUGUGUGGUUUUCUGAUAUGAUGUUUACAUUCUCACAUAAUUCUUGGUUUUUGUCUGUUCAUUUAGGAGGAGGCAGCAUGGGCGCAGGUGAGCCUCGGCAGUGCCGCCCUGAGAGAAGCCCGGGCCGAGCUUGCCGAGGCCAGGAGGCAGUGGCACUCCCUGCAGGUGGAGAUAGAGACCCUGCAUGCUCUGGUGAGGAAAUACACAUAAGCAUAAUCAACAAUUCCCAAUCAUCACAUUGUCACCCUGCUGGCACAUCUUCAGAGUAGAUUGUGUGUGUUGACUGUCAAGAGUUAAUAAGAUAAUUACAAUAAGUUUAAAAAGCAAAAUAUACACGUUAGUGAUAUAGCAUAAAAUAGCAGUCAUGAGAACUAAAAGGCACUUUUAGGUAUGUUAGACCUGAAAGACAAACUUCUUUCCAAAAACUGACUACAGCUUUUGACAGGGCAUACCAGCUGUAUUUGUCUCCUUUUUAUUUUAAGAUUCAGUGUUUACUGUGUCGGAUUUGAAGGAGGAUUGGAGCUGAAGGACAGCAAGUAUUUAGUUGACAAAAGGGAGGUUUUUAUCCUGAUAGAGGAGAGCUGUUUCUAGUGUGAUUGAUAUCCAUGCAGCUGAGAAAAUGACUGCAAAACCACCAACAAUGACUCAAAAACUGGUAUCGCAGUUACCGUAAAAAAUACAUGUAAUGACAUUAUCAUCUAAUGGUCCCACACACUUCAUUUACAGACCCUUACUAGCAAUGAAAGGACUGCUAGUUUACUAUUAUGAAGUAAUGUGCUUGCAAUAGUGAGUCAUGAUAAAAACAAUUAUUUAUUAAAAAGAGCAAUGAGUAAUUUUUCUACCACAUAAGAACCUCCAAGGAAAUUAAUCAGUUGUUAAUCCCACUCAAGGGUAUGCAUAGAAUUUGAGAUCUCACUGACCAUGUUAUAGCCUGGUUCAGUUUUUUGAAAACCUUCGUAUGUUGAAGCUCCUGUUAGUUUUUCGACAUCAUUAAAUACAGUUAAAUUCAUAUUGAUGCUUUUUUGUUAAAUCGAAAAGAAGACAAGUCCAUUAGCAACAAGAUUGAUGGUUUUUGGACUUUAAUUUGUAAUGGUUAAAACUGGUGUUGGGGGUCAGGUGAACAGUUAAAAAAAACACAGCCCUGUUUUUACAAUUUACACAUAAAAUAAUUUCACAAAAUAAUAUUAGAUAUGACUGUCUGGAUGAGACUGCUUAGCCCACAGGGGGCGCCAAAGUUAACACAAACCAAAAGUUCCACAUAGGAGCUUUAAAGACACGUGACUUCAACCAUGGCAUUCCUUAAGGAAGAGUACUUGGGCCCAUUUUAGUUUCACAGUGCAUGCUCCCACUUGGACAUAUUAUUGCAAAUCAUAACAUCAUUUGUAUAAAAUAUCACACUCUAGUCUCUUCUGUCUUGUCUUAGAGACGUGGCUGUAAGGGUGAGCUGGAACUUUUUAGAAAUAAAUGAGCAAAAGACUGAAAUUCUUUUGGUGGGAGGCAAAGCAGCCAGAGAAAAUGUGUAUACAAAUAUGGGGUGUCUAAAUAAUCAAACUGCAACAAAAGUUACAAACCUGGGGGAAUGUUUUUUUAUGGCACACACUACAGCCUCCAUGGAGCGCUUAAUCUGCUGGCCUAUCAGCGCCCCAGAAGCCAAAAUUUCUGCUCAUGCCUUCAUCACCAGCCACACUGAUUAUUGUGACUCCCUUUCCACUGAUCUGCUCAAACCUACAGCUCAUUCAGAAAGCUGCAGCCACAGUUUUGUCUCACAAAAAGAAAACUAAUAAAAUGCAACCCCCUUCUUAAAACUCUGCGCUGUGUACCAGUUUCAUUUACAAUUGACUGGAAAGUUCUUGUACUCAUUCCUGAAGCUCUUUGUGGCUCUUUCUCCGUACAUUACAGAGCUUCUGUCAUUUUAUUUUCCGGCAUGUCCUUGAAUGCCUCCGUUUUUAUGUUCUUCAUGUGUCCCACAUAAACACCUGUAGAGAUAGCCCACUGUUGUUAUGCACUAAAACUCUAUAGAGCUCUCUGUGUCUGGAUAUUAAAACAGAGGAUACUCUCUGUCGUUUUAAAGGGAAAUUAAGACAUUUUUUUAUCUGCCUUUUAACUUUCAUAGAUGUGGCCAAAAAUGUUGGUGAUUUUAAAAUAGAUUUUUUGUUUUUUUGUUUGUUUUGUUGUCAUUGUUUUCUUUGAAACUCUGACUAAACUUAAUUGAUAAUUGAUUUCUAUUGAUUUACAAUUGUUACCUUUUUCAAAUUGAAAUCUUUUGCUCACCUUUUUUUAAAUUAGCCUUCAUUAUCUCUAAAUUUUUCUGCCAAAUUUCUGUUUUAACUUUCUUCUGUUGUGAAGCACUUUGGGCUGCAGGUUUUAAUGUGGUACAAGUGCUAUGUAAAUAAGAAAUGAGUUGAGUUGAGAUUGCAGUCUCCCUGUAUUAAAAGCUGUAGUCAGUGCACUAGCUGUGCAUUUGUACAGAUUUAGACAGACUUUGCUGGAUAGAUAAGCAGUCUUGGUUAAAAGCCAGAGAGGAACGAUAACUAUUGUUUCCAAGUAUUAAACCAUGCACAGACACAGUCAGUAGUUUUUUCAUAAUCUGUCUUAAAUUCAGUGUGGAGUCAUUAGGUAGAUCAUUUUAACUGUGUACUCAGUGUCCUGGUAGCUUUUUGUUUUUUUCUCUUUGUUAGGAGAAAGGCCUGGAGAGCUCCCUGCAGAACACUCAGCGGAUCUACUCCAGCCAGCUGCAGGACCUUUCCCAGGUGAUCGCCGGGCUGGAGAGCGAGCUGGAGCAGGUGAGGUGUGGGCUUGCCACCCAACGGCAACGCCACAGCCAGCUCCUCAACACCAAAAUGAGGCUAGAGCAAGAAAUCGCCACCUACAGACGUCUGCUUGAUCGAGAAGAGGGAAGGUGAGGAAUGAAAACAUUUGAGGAAGAAGGAAGUUACUGUCCAGUUUGUUUGUUUUUUCUUCUGUGUUUUACCACCAACAAGGAAGGUAGUUUUAUUUAUUUUCAGCUGGGAAGGUUUUCCAAGAGCACUGUAACACCUCUAUCCUUGACAAAUGUUUUUAUUGCAGUUUAAAAAAUAUAUAACUGAAUACUUUCAUAAUAUGACACUUUAUAUAGUUUCAAACUGAACUGUAGAGCUUGGUGGGUGUUUUGCUCUGGAAUAGCAUCAGCACUAUUUGCUUUGUGUGUGAGAUGGUGGAAACAGCAGGUGUAAUUGAUGUAAUGUUUUGGUAAAAAAAAAAAAAAACGACCCAGUCCGUUUUUAGUGAAAUCCUCUGAGAGGGGUGAACUUGUAGGUCAAGAAUAGUUUAGGUUUGUCAUACAGAAAUGUUCAUGGAUAUUAUCUGUCUGUGUUAAAGAAAAAAGUACAGUUGUUUGAAUCAGGGGAGACUUUAUUAUGAGAGAACAAUUAUUUAUUUGAAAAAAUAUGAGGAGUCUACAAAGUCUUUGACAAUUAGACUUAACUGUGACUUUUUUAAAGGUACUAAGAGAGCAAGCAGGCUGAGAGUGGUAGCGGUGAAGAAAAGAUGCAGGAUUAGCUGAAGAGUUGGAAUGAAAAGUCACAACAGUUGAACGGAGUACUACAACUGAAAGUAGAACAGAGGAGAGCGGAUUUAAAGUUUCAGCAGCAGGAUGAUUAGACAGUAGAGGUUGAGACUAAACCUGAAAGAGCUCAUGCCUACAAUUAGCUGAUCACCAGAACGGGGAAAGAUUGAGAGGGAGAGAGAUGAGGAGAAUGGUUUAAGGGAAAGAAUGAUCAUUUUGCUGUAACUUGCACUGAGUUUCAUCAGUUUUCCCUUUCUCCAGUCUCACCCUCUUCUGCCUUUAUGUCCGCUUCCACUGGGUCGGGCUGUCCUUCAUUAGCUGCAUGAUCAGGGUGCUAUGACUCAUCAGUUGUAGUGUCAGGUUCGUUGGUGCCUUCAUCAAAUGCUCUCUUUGCUGUGCUACAUGUCGCAUGUGGCUCAUUAAGGACUUUGUAGGACAAGGCAGAUGAGUUAAGGGCCAGGCCAAGCCAGGUCGGGUGUGUUACAUUCAAUUGCUUGGCAUCCUCAAAAGCCACCAGGUAUGUCUACUUGGAGAUCUGCACCACAUCCUUCUUAAUCCCCAGAGGACACCUCAGCUAGGUAUCUGCUAUAGUCACCUUUCAUUUUCAGAUAGAACACCUCACUUUCAGCCUUAGAUGCAUUGAGUAUGAGAUACAAUAUUUGUCCAACAGUGAAACCACAUCAUUGCAGAUUUCUUGCAGCUCAGGUUUAAUGUUCUGCAGAUAUUCACAUAUCACAUACAGUUCAUCGUUAUCGCCCUUGGUUUUUUGCUUGAUAUUGGAGAUGACAUGCCAGGACAUGCCCCGUGCCCCCACCACAUUCUUGUAGGCAACAGAGAGAAGAUUGCACUCCUCCUUUGACAGCCCUGAUCCUUCACCACCUCCCCCGUGGCUGGAACCAUGUCAACCACGUCAACCACGUCAACCAUGUCGUGCUUAGCCUGCUUUGCAAGCUUGGCCUUGUCCACCAGAUUGAUCUGAUCCAUUUUCUAGUAUUGUAGCAACUUUUAAUCCUGUUUUUUUCUCUCUCUUUCGAUGAUUGAGCCUUCGUCCUCCAUCUUGUUCAAAGCAGUACUGCUAAAAAGUUUGUUUUUUGUGUCAUGAAAAGCCUAGUACUGCUGCAUAGUUACCCAGAGUCCGUAUUGAAAGCGAAUAACUUAUAAUUACAGGUUGAGACAUACUCAUGCAGUCUUGCAAAGUAUAUGGUAAUUAGUUGCAACUGUCAAGGUUGGAAAUCAACCAGAAAUUCCAGUAAUUCUGCACAUUCAGAAAGACAGAGAGAGACGCCAGACUCUCACUGAUUCAUAAGUAAAUCAUUGAGUUCUUUAUCAGGCAAGAUGAUAGAAGCCAGACUCUCAACCUUUCUUUGUCUGCUAUCUCCUCGCUCCGCCUGCCAGAAAGAAGAAGUUUUAUUAGGGAAUACUCUAGUCUACUUGGCAUGGCUUGUAAUUAAACCCUGACACGUUGGCUCCAACAACCAUAUGAUUGUCAUUUUAUAGUUUGAGAAAGGUGCAGCAAUUUGCUUUCAUGUUUCUCACAGAGGUUGCAGACAGAAAGACCUCAGUGCCGCCUUUACCUCUCCUCGUCACUUUCGCCCGCAGAUGCUUUUCAUUCAGGAUGUGACAUGAUUGAUCGACCGAUGUCAGUGAUGCAAGGAGAGGCAGGACGUGGCAUCUGAAAUUUGCAUUGGUUGUCUGUGUUUGAGAAGGGCGAGGAACAAUUGGCAAGCGGCUGUUCAGAGAGCAGUGUGACAUUAAAAAAAAGAUAAGGGAGUCGUUUUACAACCUGAAAGACUUUCUCUUUUUUAAAGCUGCUCUACGAGUUUUAAGGCUAUGCAUUUCAAGAAUAAAAUUGAAACACUGCAAAAUUAGUGAAAGUGUAAAUACAGGAGGAAAAAAAAGUCAAAAUCUAAUGUUCGCAAAAAAAGGUCAAAAUUCAAUUAAGGGACUUUCAUUUUGUGUUGAUUUUGGCGCCCCCGUGUUGGCAGUGAUCCCUUCUAUCUUUUCUGUUCUAGUCAAAGGAUUUUUUUUUGUUUGUUUGUUUUGUUUUGUUUUUUUGACAAAAAAAAUCAUCCUGUUUUUUUCUUACACUGAUUUUUUUUAACUCACUGUGAGUCAUUACCAUGUAAAACAGUAAAAAAAAAGCUCUCCUCUGCCUGCUGUCCGUUAUCUGAUCUGACACCUCCCCUGUCACAGUGGCCUUUGGCAUUAGAAGAAAAAAAACUUGAUCAAUCAGUUGCUGAUGGUCUUGUUUGCUUUUAAAGGUCAUAAAGAGACAUCAGUUUCACUUUCUGUCUGUUUCUCAACCAGUUAGAAAUUACUCAUUGUAAAAUAUGUACUGUUAUACAAAAAAAAAAAAAAAAGAAGAAGAAGAAAAACAGUUUGGGUCAAAGCAGCAGCUGCAGUUCUCUUAACAAGGAGUCCAAGGUGGUUAUGAUAGUUUUGAAAUUCUCAUUAGUUUUUAGUUUUACGUCAUUUUAUCUUUGAUUUCAGUUUAGUUUUGAUUUGUUUCAAGGGCUGAGUUUUUAGGUUAGUUUGUUUUUGAAAAUGCUUUAUUCAAGUUGAAUUUUAUUAGUUUUAGAGUUUUUAUUUUUUAAUAACAAGGGACACUUGUCAAGUGCAAGACCCCCUUAACACUGAAUCCCGUGGAGAAAAACUGAAAACAUCAUCUCAUUUGGCUCAGCAAAGACAAGAUUUAUGUUAAGAUCAACUGUAGGGAUGAUGUUACGACACAGAAGCAAUAAUCAGUUACAUUUAUUGGUGUGUGUGGGCAAACUACAGCCACCCCAGCACUGUCAGUGCCCAGGUUGGGUCGCCCCUGUCAAAAGGGUGAACAGAGGGCUCAGUUGAUAAAUUAGAGACACUACAGUCAAAGACAGAGGAUUAACUCACAGCUAAAAAUUGCAUUAAAAAUAGACUUCCCAAAUAUCUUCAGCAGAGCAGAGCGUACAGACCCUUCAGGGAUGGAGCUGAGCCAUGUAGCUUAGAGCACCAACUAGAAUAGGACACAGAGGAAUGGAUUCAACUCCUACCAUUAGGAGCAGGGUGACUUCAGGGGCUCCCUUACUUUUCUGGCUGCACCUGGACAGACCUUGUUGAAAUUUAAGUUUUUCCUCAAUGACAAUUUAAGUUUUUCCUCAAUAGUUUUGGUUAACGUAAUAUGUUUGCUUCUCUUGCCUGCGAUAACAGCAAGAUCUUUUAAAACACACUGCAUAAUUCACUGCAUUAUUCUGAUUGGACUCACCAAAAGACAACGCACAUUGAACAUUGAACAUUUCAACAGACCUUUCAGAUAUCCAGGCUGUACUCACUCUUAAGCUUGGCUGUAACUCUUGUCUUUAUUAGAGUCUCUGAACAACGAACACAGGCUCCCCGAUGGCAAAGUAGAACUUCUGAAUAGAUUGUACACUCACAAAGAAAUCACUGCAAGGGUCAGACUCACUUUGACCCAAACAGUUCAUGGUUAAGCUGCAGCAGUUGAUAGCCAUUAGCUUCCUCUCUAGUUCUUUGCCUGGUUUCUCAACAUGGGCCCGAGUUGAUCCGGAUUUCUUGUGGGUUAUACACUACAAGAAGAACCUGAUACAACCUCACUUUACAAAAAAACAACAACCAUCCCUUCAGUCUUAUCACUGGCUGGUGAAGCAGCAACAUGUUGUUUUAUCAGCAUCCUUCUAACCGCUAAUCAUUGAUAGCAUAAUUGUUUCCAAAGAAUCUCGCCAGGCUGUCUUCAAACAUCUUUGACGCACCCUUGGCAGGGCUGUUAUUUUAGCAUAAAGUUAAACACGCAACACCCAUCCCUGUCGGAUAAGGCCACUGAUCUGUUGCAGCCAUCCGAUAAGGACAAAGUGAUGAGGUGUCACAGGUGGUCCGUGGUUUACAGCUCUGUUAAGGAGUGGGGAGAUACAGCAUGGUAUGAGAGAGAUGAUUGAUUCCUGAAGCACAGCCUUUCAAAACCAGCUGAGGCUUGUUUGAUUAGGGUGUGUACUUUGAGAUCACAGUUGUAGUUUUUAAGAUGAUACAGCUCAAAUAUUUACAGAAAUGACAGGACUAUUUCCAAGGAAUUAUAGCUUUGUGUCUUCUAGUCUGUGUUGCUUUUGCUCCUCUGUUUCCUUUUCUGUACCUUUUUCAAUUAUUUCAAGUGCUUUCAUGCUUUUACUACAAACCUGAUAACAAUAAUGUUCAAAUGCUGUGUAAAAUAAAGCAGAAUCUGAUGGUUUUUAAAGUAUUUAAAUCCUAUGUAUGAUUGAAUUUGGUAUUUCUUGUUGUUUAAUGAUUAGCAUUUGAUCAUUACACAUCAAUACAUUUAAAAAAAACACUGAAAAAGUUUUGUAAUACCAAGAAAAAAAAGAAGGAACAUCUCCAAACCAAAUACAUGAAUUAGCAACAGGCUAAUAGCAUGACUAGCAGUGGCUCCUGCUGGUCUUUCAAGGAGGGGAAGCUCGUUUUUUCCCGGCCUACAUCAUAAAUGUGUUUGUUUAUUUAUAUGUAAAAUCUACCCUCCUUCAUCUUUUGUUCAGAAUCAGCUUCUUGUCACACUGUGAUAAGAAGCGACUGCUGACUUCAGUGUGGAAGCUCAAAGUGGGUUGUUCCAGCAGCGAAACUAGACGCUCAUUGGAUAAAUGCUGGGCUUUGUCCCGCCCAUCGGACGCUCAGCUUCUCUGGAGUUCUAUGACGAGAGGGCGGUCCCAACUUUCUCGCGGACGCUGAGCUUCUGCAUCCAUGAUUGGAUGAGCUGUCUGAGGUGAAAUCCUUUUUUUGAUUGACAGCUAAACAAGGGAAUCAGCGAUCUUGAAGAAUAAAACAUCUACCAGAGCAUUUUCCAAGUUAUUCAUUCCGUUGUUCUUAACUGCUCCAGAGAUUUUACCGAUCCUCAGCAACUUUUGUCUUUGUUAAAAACGACUGCCGUUGUGUUUGGCGACUCUGUUCUGUUACAUACUAAUAAACAAACACAAUUAUGAUGUAGGCCAGAAAAAUGAGCUUCCCCUCCUUGAAAGACCAGCAGCCGCCACUGCUAGACACUCAGGGCUCUAUUUUCAUGCUUCGCCGGCAACAUGGCGCAGGCGUGGCGUAAGUCAGGUCCGCCGCGCUGACAAGGCAUUCCCAAGCACAAUUUGGAAUUUUGGUGAGCAGCGCAGCCUGAUGCAAGUAUCCCCCCUCCCUUACUCAGCUCCUCCCAGCGGCGUAAGUCGUAGCGAGGGAGGAGAGAGGGCAUGGAGUGGGUUUAACACAGCUGAGACCUGUAUUGACCAAUAACAUCAGCUCCUCUCCUAGCCUUUAAAUCCGCCACCGGCGAGGCGUAUUACAAUUUUAGUGAAGUAGUCAAAGAGAUCAAGAGAUGUCUGAAGACAGCAAUGCCACACGAUGGCGACAGAAGGCAGCCCCUCAACAAGUGUCACUGUAAGCGCUGCAUUGGGCGUCCUCCACACGCUCUCAUAUGAGCACAGAUAGAUUUGGUGUGUGUAAGGUUGGACCCACUGGUAAGACAAACACCCUUUUCCACAAAUAAAGACACUCACAUAUUUUAGGGGAAGCUGAGCUUCCCUUGAAGUCUUAGAGCAAUCACCACUGAUGACAAGGUGUAAUAAGGCACUCCUGAGGAGCUGAGUCUCUCAGACAUAAUGAUAUGAACUGUCUUGUGGAGUGGUCAUUCAAAAUCUGACUUUGUUUUGGGAAAUCUUUGCAUCUUUCUCUGCUCUAAAGAGAAGAGGGGCCACUCUGCUUGUUAUCAUUACGCAACAAAUUUGAAAUGAGUUGUCAAAAAACUGUAAAGUGUUGAGGAACUUUGCAGGAGAUAAGUUGUAUUUGCACCAUUAUUAUGAAAUUUAGAGUUUAAAUGAUCAAAAAACAUCAAAAUUGCUUCCACACAGUUAACACAGUGUCACAACUGUUUUGGAAGUGGUUCUCCUGAUGUCUGUGGUGAAUUUACUUUGACCACCAAUGAUUUGUAGGAUUUGAUACUAUCCUCCAUAAUCUAGGAUCAGUGUUGCAAAUAUAGAGGACAGAAAAUGAACAACCAUGUAUCCAACUCGUUUUGCACUCUCCAGGUACAUGGGUCGCAAUGUGCCGCCAAUGAGUCUGCGGCCCUGGAGCUCUUCUGUGGUUGAACAGAAAGAAAAUGGCCUUGAAAACGGCUUCAGUGACUCUGCUGUUACUCCAGAUGAACCAAAGUCUGAGCCCCUGCCUGAAAUCCCCUCACUCCUCCCGGUGGAAAAUGGGCUGAAGAAAAGUAUCCUGCACAGACAGCAAAGCCUUGUGAUACUCACAGGUAGCAGUUACACAGACACAUCCACACUCUUACUACAGUCAUACCUUAAAAUAACUUGCUAUUAAUGUGUUUUCACAGAGCCAGAGCAAGAUAAAGACUUGCCAAUCUCCACUGUGAAGACUCAGGAGAUUCUUCAGGGCAACGUGGUGCGAGAGAGUGCGGAGGGUCACGGCACCAUUGAGUGAGUAUCGAUCUUUUUGCCCCUCAUUGACCUGCAGUCAGCACCUUUGUGUCAUACUGAAAUGUAGGCAUUACCUAGAAGGCGGCACUAACAGCAUCUCUUUGGAGCCAAAUGUUCUUUCUCACAAAGAUAAAUUUCCUUUUCUCUACUUAACACUGUUUCGUGCUUGUUUGACCUUGUUACACCUCACACCUCUUAUACUUCUCCUCUGUGUGGAUUUUAUGGGCUUAUUACUCUUUAAUGGUACAACCAACCGUGUCUUCUCCACCCUGGCGACGUCUGGUCCAUCAGACAAGAUGUACUUACUCUCAAAAGGAAUAACCUUUGCAUGUCGAGCAAGUCAAAAGAGGCAGAAGACAUUUUGAUGGCUGCUCAGGUUCCCAUCAUAGCGUUGCAUGAGAAUUUUUCCUCCUCUAAUGGUUUGUGUUUGAUGUGGAUACCUUCUGGGUGUGGAGUCUGCAGGGUGUGGCACCUGUUGUUGUAGGAAGACAGGAGGGUGGAAUUCUUUGUUAAUGCUUCAGGUGCUUCCAGCCACAGAUACACAUCUGAAAAAUACCCACACACAGUCAUUAUGUCUACAAAGAGCUACACACAGACACAUCUCUCUGCCAGGAUAUUUACUUUGACUUAAGCACCCAUCAGCAGAUGGUUUAAGUUACUCUGUUGUAUAAAUAACUCUUCACAGACAUUAAGAGACUUUGUUGGCCUGCCCGCUUUAUUUGUUUUACAAUUUUUUUUUCUUAAAUCCUUCUGGAAUAGAUACUGUCACUUAUUUUAAGUCUCAUCCUGUUGAAAAAAAUCCUCUUAAUCAAGUAAUGUGUAUUUCCUUUGUCAAGACAUCUCCUCAUGCCUGAAGAUGGACCAGUGUUGGAAUCAGCUCUGAGUUGUGGGUCAGUUGACACCAAAUUUAUGUCUCUCUCUACAGUCAAGAGUGAAAUCUGAUCAAGGACUUUUUUUCUGAUCUUGUUCAUUUCUGCCUUCCCUGUCCUCUUUCCUUUAAAAAUGAAGUUGGGGGAGGAAAGGUGUACUUCCUUUUCCUUUGGAGGUAACUUCUAGCCCAACCAGACUUCUUGCUCAAGCUUUGCCUUCCUAUUCCUCUGUCCCUAUGAAGAUGUCAGAGUCGAGGGAAGUAGAGCACAUAGCCAGAACUGCUAGAGGCAAACCCAGGUUUGGUUGGGGGUCUGACUCCUCUGUCCUCUCUCUAACACCCAUUUUUCUUCACGAAAAUGGUAGAGUCGGGGGAGGUAGAGUGUACAGUUUAGUCUAGUAGACGGGAAUCCUAACCAAACCAUGUUUGGGUCUGCCUCCCCUGUUCUCUUUCUCUCCACAGACUCCUUCUUCUGGUUUGUCUUUUUAUUUUCCUCUUGCUCUAUGGAUGUGACGGGCAGUGAGAGCUUGCACACGGGGAAGGUUUUUUUCUUGACUCUGAUGGUGCUUUGACAAUUGCUGUCUGUCUGUAAUCAGGUUUUGAUUUUGGGGGGCCAUUUGGACUAUAUGUAGUCCCAUAAAUAUAGUCCCAAUGACCCUCCCUCAUUUCAACAUUUUCGAUACCUGGAGCUCACGUACGCAGAGCCUGGGUCUGUUGGGACAACAGUGUGUGGUAGUCAGCGGCCAAUCGGGGAGUACUGUUAUACAUACAGUAUACCAUUAUACAGAUUUGAAGCUGAAUUGCUCUUGGUAUUAUCUCCACUUCCUGGAACCACCACUGUAGUGUUGUACACAUUUGGCGGGAGAGGCACUGUGAUGAUGCUCUGCUCAAACAGUGUAUCCCCUGGGUGAGCUCCGUAAACUUCGUACACCCACAGGUUGUAUCAAGUGUCAAUCAUAGAAAACAUGAACCCCCAAAUAACUUUUAAAAAUGGAGCUGCACAGAAAAAAGAGGACUUGAGCACAAACCAGUCUUACAAUAACUACAUGUCAACAUCACAAGCAGGGGGGAGAAAAAUUUAGAUUCUAUGUAAUUAAUUUCUAAAAUGUGUCCACAAUUCCAUAGGGAUUGCUGGAGAAGGCAGGAUUUAUGACCUAUACUGCAGCCUGUCACCAGAGGGUGCUGUUCUUGCAGGGGCUUUACUCAGCUAGGAGGCAGACGCGGUCCAUUCUUUAUACAGUCUAUGGUAGAAAAACAGUAUACUAAUCACAGGUACAUUUAAACUAGUGUUAAAUCACCUAAACAUGACAAUUGUUUUGUAUGUUUUCGUAGAAUGAGCCGCUUAUGUCAAGAGCAGAUCCCCUUUAACGGAGGCUGCCAACUGUCAUGUUUUCAGAGUGGACUGUUAGAAACAUACAUGAUUUUGCAUUUAGUGAGUGGCAAAGUGAAAUGCAACAGAGGUGGAUGAGAGAGUUUGUUUUGCAUAAAAUGAUUUGCAUUGAUAUAUAUUUUUGAUUUUUAAAAAAAAGACAAAUUGAGGGCUGUACAUACUGCAGCACAUGAGCUUCUUGUUUGACACUGUGUCUUCACCGGUGGGCGAGAUAAGCAGGGCAGUUUUUUUUCGUGUUUAAGAUCAGAACUGAAAUCCAUUUUUCAUUUGGUGGAUUUUGUGUCUGCACUUGUUAACCUCUCUUGAAAAGAUCAGAAGGUACUAACAAACGUUUGCUUUUGACAGCUUCAGCUGGAUUUAAAGUAAGGUAACCUUUUGAUUUUAUAACACAGUUUCAGUUUCAAUCUGACUACAAGUUAGUCAGAUUGAAACUGAAUGGUUUUAUUAGUCUUGACUUAAUUAGUCUUGACUGAUUUCAAGGCCAAGCAGCGACUCGUUUUAUAGUGGAGCUCUUACAUUGCAGUAAGAUAGAUGUGCAUAUAGAGUAUGUGCCCAUGCUGCCCCCUUGUGUUACUGUAUGGGAAUCACAUACACGUGACUGAGAAGGGUUUUCUGUUGUUGUCAUUGCCAUUCCCUUAAAUAUGAGCAAGCUUUUGUUGGGUAACAUGACAUGUACUUAAAUGUAAAAUAUCAAAGAAGACACUUACUUCAUGGAUGAAAGUUAGAGAAAGAAACCGUUUUCUUCAUUUCUUAAAAUUACAAUGACCUGUUUUGGAAUCGUCUCAAACUACACACGAAAAGGUGUGAACCCUUACAAUUGUACUCAAAACAGUUUACCUGAAAGUAUGACCAACUUUUUAAAAGAUAUUAAAAUACAUCUAGAAAGAUUAACAGUACUGAGUACUUACCUGAAGGCAUUCAAAGGAGUUCAAACUAAUUUGCAGGCCCCUAGUUAGAUGAUUAUGUCAAACAAAAUGUCAACAUGGUGAUAUAUAAGAGCCCUAAACAAAGCUUAUUACCCAGCUACCACCAAAUAUAUAACAAUCUGACACUGAGUCAACUCUAAAGAGGAUUUUAUUGAUCUGGUAAUUGUAUCUUUGCACAGCAAAAAGAUACCGUGAGAUUUGGUGGUCGGUAACACAUCCAUGACAACAGUAUUUUUAUUAGCUUCUUAUGGGUAAAAUUCACAUUAAACCAAUAAAUUAAAUCAAAGUCAAGUCUAAACGUCUUGCUCUUCUGUUUUAAAUCAAAUUUUACUUCAAGUUCUCAUUCACAGUUAAAAUUGUCCUGCUAUGCUGUUAUAAUCGCGUGAAACUGUACAUUUUCAUUCACAGUAAAGUCAUUUUUUUAACCAAAGUCAGAAAACCUGUUAAGUCUGUUUGCAUCCAUUCCCGUAACACUUUAGCAAAGCUCAUACUGUGUUAUGACUUCAUACCUGUUUUUCUUGAUUUGGCCAAUGUGUAUUUUAACAUCCUGUGCUGUUUUCCAACUUGUUAUGAAAUAUCCUUUGUGUUAUCUGACAACGUCAUUGGGAAUUACUGUGUCUUUUCUCCAUGUCAACAAAGGGAGGUCAAAUCAUAAACAGCUAGAUGUGCUAUAACUCCUUUCUGCAGAUGGAUUCAAUACACAGUUGGGUGAAAAGUAAGAAAACCUGGUGCAUUUAUUCAGUCUACAGAAUGAAAUCUUUUUUAUUUUUUUUUAUCUUUUUUUUAUUAUUAUUAUAUUUGAGGUCUCAGUAGUCUAUGCUUUUUUGAAAAUAAUAGAUUUUUUUUUUUAUGCAUAAAACCUUUUUUCAUAUCCCCGCAUAACAUACACUGUCAAUGUUUCUUUAUUAGCAAGGACCACACCAUCAGUUGGCUGUGAGGGGGGUAAAGGGUGCAGAGUGCAAAGGGAAAGUUUGACACUUUCCUGAAACAGGAGCAGUUUUGUUGUGGUACUGCUUCUGAAACUCGUAAAGCAUCAGGAAACAAAAGAAAACAUGUUUGAAAUCUCAGCAGAGAAGAAACCUCAAACUUCAAAAUCCCCUUUUAAAAAUGUUUUGGCAUUUAAGUGAGAACACGUGAUGGAAUGUCUGUUGUUGAAUUGUGGCACCUUUUUGAAGACUCUCAUGUCUCCCUCCUUUUAGGACGGAGAAGAUCGAUAAGGUGAUAAAGCAGUGGGAGGGCUCUUUCUUCAGAGGAAACCCAAAGCUGCGGAAGAAGUCUGUGUCCCUGCGCUUCGACUUGCACAUGGCUGCCGCAGACGAGGGCUGUGCCCAGACCAAACAAGACAGCCUGCCUGAUGUGGAGGUGCGGCUCAUCAUGAAGAGAUCCCGCAGCAUCCCAACUAUCACACCAUAACAUAGUCACUUGGUCACCAUGGAGACGAGACCCCAGUGUGCAGCUGUUUGUGGUAGCACUGGUGAUGUUGAAGUUACAGACAUGUAUCACUCACAGCUGGGAUAUUACCAUUCAACAAGCCAACAUGCUUUAUAUGAAUUUCCAAUGACAGCACUCAUUGUACUUUGCAUAAUAACAGAUGAAUUACACUCAGAUCUUUCUCUUCAAACCCUGGCAGGAUAAACAUCAUCCAUCAAGCUUUAGCUGGUUUAACAGGGACAUUUUUAUAGUGCCAGAAAACACAUCAAAUAUAUCAGACCUGCAUCACAGAGAACAAGGAAAUAAUAGAUCCACAUCUUCAUCAUCAUCAUAGAUUACAAUUAGUGUCCCUCAAUACUGUCAUAAUUUCAGCAGUAGGUCAAAGGUCAACAGAUUAUAUCUACUACAUGCAAAACUACAGCUUAUUCUUAUUGGUACUUAUGUAAGAGUGCAGAGAAAGAUGAGAGAUAAACAGAGGAGGGAAGUCACAGAUCACUACGAGCUGCUGUGUACUAUCUGAGAGUGUUUUUUCUUUUCGGUCUUUGAGAGACUGUACAGAGGAGUUUGGGGCUUCAGGGGUUAAGAAAAGGAUGGGACGUGGGCGGUGAGGCUUGUUCUUUCCAGUAACUGAAUGUCACCUCUAUAGUAACCCUUUCUAGUUUCACUUCACAUAAAACAGUAAUGGAAGUGUAUUCUGCAUCUCGAAGAAUAACUUUAUACAUUUUUUGUAUUGUCAGCUUUGAGUAAUCGAUCCAUUAUGCUGUGGUCUGAGUAAAUACUGGAGAGUUCAUUCAUCCAGAUAAUGUGCACUGACUAUGUAGUUCUUGUAAAAUUGUGUGUGCAUUGUCCCAGACUGAUUAAUGCACCGGCAUUGCCAGAUUUGAUCUAAAAUCAUAUCAUUUACUAAGUAGUGAGUAAUGUCUCCAAUGCAUGAGUAAUUUGUGGGAAAGGAGCGAUUGUUUCAGGUCUUAGUCAAACCCUCAAAAAGAGAAAAAGAAAACCCCUAAACAGAGAAAAGCCAUGAGAAAAAGUCACACUUCCUCUCCAAAAUGUCAAAUUUCUUCUUCUUCUUCUUCAGGCUGCAAAGGAUCACACGCAUGACCCAGAACUGAUUAUUGUCCUUAACAAUCUUGAGAGAUGUUUGGGAUAAAUGACAUGGCUGCAUAGCCAGCUAGUGAUGUUGUGAAUGUCAAAUUGCAUAGGCUGUUUUUGAACCAUGUGCAAGAUUACUGAUUUUAAGUCUUGUUCUGGUGUAACAUCAGCUGACUCCAGGUUUUAUUAGCUGAGCAGUAGUAUCUACACUUGUGAAGUUGCUUUUCCAGUUUGUUUUAUUUACAGAGGACAAAGUAAACAUUCCCAGCACGGGAGAAUUUUGUGGGAUUUUUUAUAACUCCUUAUUAGUCUUAUCCUCAGGCGUUACCAGAUUAACAGUAGUAUAACCUUAAAAAAACCUUGAGAUUUUGAAACAAAUUAAACACAACCAUCUUGUUUUAUUACAGUGUGACUUGAACGAUGCAUGGAUGGCGUCUUUAAUUAAGGUUUAAUCGCCUGCACAGAGGCAGUUGGACCAUUCUGGCCUCUGUGUCAUCCCUUAAUUACUGACGAUGGAAACCUUGAAGGUCACCUGUUAAUAUUCAAGUUCAAAUUUGAGCACAGUACCUUAAAUUUUUGUGCACUUCGUGUCUAAAUGGCUUGACUAAUUACCAAAAAAAUAGUGUUUUACUGUAUUAUUGUGAGGCUCUGUUGGGAGAUUGUGAAAGUUUUCUGUUGGUCAGGGGCCAAACAAUUUCUGACUAAAGUUGGAGAGGACUUAUUUAAAAGUUAAUUGCAAUGUUCUGCCCUCAUUGACAAGCUUUCAUUUUGGUUUUGACCCAAAAAACUUGCACUGUAGACGCAAACAGCACUUAUAGGAUUAUUGACACUGGGAGAUUCCCAUGAUGUGUGUUCUUUGAGGGUCUUUGUCAUUGCUGCUCAUCAUCCAUGUAUUAAGAAAAACCACUUUUCAAACUGAUGAUGUAGCUCUAUCUCAUAUUUGAAGAAGUACUGCUCACUGUGAUCUUAACAGCAGUGAGGCCCUUUACACUCACCGUGUGUCUCAGAGAAUUUAGAUUGCCUGUCUUAACCAGAGGGGGGCAGUAUUUGUAAAUAGUUAACCCUGCAGUGUAUCCUCAACGCUCUUCUCGGGUUGUGUAGCACAUGCUAUCUGUUACUCCUUAGGUUAAGAGUUUUCAGCUUUAUAGUUUCAAGGCACCAAAGAUAUGUAUCCUAAGAAAAGGACUAUUGGGCUUUGCAUUUGGGUGCCUCAGAAUAAGUUGAGAGUAUUUAAAGAUAUUAUCUAUGCAGUUCUGUGCUUGAUUUUGCUUUGCUUCAAGAAGCACUCUUUAUUUUGGGAGCUCUGUAACUUCAGGCUGAAGCAUCUAUCUGCUUUUAUCUAUCAGAUUAUCAUUUCAAAUAAAAAAGAAAUCUAUGCAGUGUUGUGUUUUCUGUCAUAUUCUUCGACCACCAAUCUCGG